GUUUGGGUCUCGCUGCCCCGGCCGUGGUGCGGAGGGCAAGGAGACCUCGAUGCUCACGCAGUUCGUGCCAGGUCAGGGAGCUGGGAGGAAAGAGCGGCCGUGAGCACUUAUCUCUGCUCCGGCGCGGGGUGGUCCCGCUUCCCUUUGCUUCGCCUCCAGCCAAAGUCCUUUCCUGUUUCUGCUGACUCGGCCCCGGUGUGCGGAAACGGCCUCUUGCAACACCCUCCCAUCCCCGGCGGUGUCCCGGUUCGGCUCGGCCAGGCUCUGCCGGGCUGCCAGCCGUGCCGUGCCGUGGCACCCACCGCCCCGCUCCGGCAUGUGGCUGCUCCUCAUCCUGCUGCAGGCUGCGGUCCUGCCUGCCCAGCUCUGUGAAGCCCCGGGGGAGGCGGCAGCAGCGGUGCGGGCGCUGAGCGCCCGGCUGCUGGGGCUGGCGGCGGAUCCGGCGCGGGACCCCGACCCCAGCGUCUACCUGGCCCUUCGCCUGGCCGGCGACCACGACCUGCGCGGGGAGAAGCGGUACCUGGCGCGGCUGCAGGACGCCUUCCAGCACCGCUACGGCCGGAGCGUGCAGGCAGCUCUCCGGCCCCACGCUGCGCCCCACAGCCACCCCCAGCAGGACGCCGUGGCCACCGAGCACACCACGAGGGCUGAGGCGGAGUGGCCGGAGACGGGGCGGCUGGCGCUGUACCUGCUGGGGCUACGGGCCACUUGUCCCCCGCCAGAGCCCGGUCCCCAGCGCUCACUGGUGACAUGGCUGAAGUACUACCUGGAGGAGGACUGGGCAGGAUCCCGGCAGCACGGCCAGCCCCUCACCAGUUACUACCAGUACAGCCUGGGCGUGCUGGCGCUGUGCGUCCACCGCAAACGGGUGCGGGAGGAGGUGAUCCGCCGGCUCCUGGCAGCCGAGCACCACGGCAGGUUCGGGCACGCCGGCGGCAGCGCCGUGGACACGGAGGCGGUGGCCGCGCUGGCCUUCGCCUGCCUGGAGCGGGAGCGGACGGUGGGGGCCAGGCUGGCGGCGGAGCUGCGGGCGGCCGCGCACAGGGCGAGGAGGAGGAUGGUCGAGGCGCAGGGCUGGGACGGCUUCUUUGGCAACGUCUACAGCACGCCGUGGGCCAUGCAGGUCUUCAUCGCCACCGAUGCGUGCCGGAUGCAGCCGGCGUACGGCCGGGCCAUGGCUGCGCUGCUGGAGAACCUGGACGCCUUCACCACCGCCGCAACCGCGGCCCAGGCACUGCCGGUGCUGCAUGGCCGCUCUUACCUGGACAUCGCCUCCAUGCGCUGCCGGGAGGAGCCGGACACGCUGACGCCCCUCAGCCCCGAGCUGACGCCCGAGCUGCCGGGGAACGUGACGGUGCGGCUGGUGGUGGAGUGCCCCGAGCCACGGUGUCCCCAGCACCGACUCUACGACCGGCCGGUGCCCGCGCCCGCCGGUGCCUCCCUCCUGGACGUGCUCAGGGCAGCCGCCGCGCGGGGACCCCACAACUUCACGUUUGACACCCAGGACACCCCCCAGGGCCCCUUUCUGAGCAGGGUGCUGGGGCUGGAGGCUCGGCAGCAGAAGCGGAGCUACUGGCAGCUCCUCACCGCCCCCAGCACCAGCCUGCAGAUGGGCGUCGCCGACUACAGACCUCACGACGGGGAGACCCUCAUCCUGCGCCUGAGCGAGUGGUAGAGGGCGAGCGGGGGGGUGAUGGCAAUGAAACUUCUGCCUUGGGCACAGGA